AUGGCAGCCUCACCGCCAUCAUCGCCAUCUCCUGGCACGUUACCGUCGCGACCCAUGAGUACUAUGGUGAAACCUGCACCCAGGAGCAAUAGUCGCAUGAGCACAAACAGCAAAGCCGGUGGUGGAAGCAGAGCAUCGGAUGACGAUGGGCGGACAGCAGUCAAAGUUGCGGUUCGAGUGCGCCCACCAUUAAGCCCGACAGAUCCAGGUUUCGACCUCAUACCGCAACGAUUCCAACGAUCUAUGGUGCAGACGACAUCGUCAACAAGUCUUGCCAUUGAUGCACCUCAGGGCAAGAAGCUCUUUGUCUUUGAUCGCGUAUUCGCACCCGACGUCGACCAGGAAGGCGUUUGGGAGUACCUGAGAGACAGCGUAGACGCAUUCUUACAGGGCUACAAUGUGUCGCUCCUGGCCUAUGGUCAAUCCGGAGCUGGCAAGUCCUACACCAUGGGUACUUCCGGACCGGGUGAUCAAGCAGACCUUCACGUGAUGGGCGUAAUUCCUCGAGCCGCAACUGCCUUGUUCGAAAAGCUGGAGGGUACGCCACCUGCGCGCAAUCCGAACCGCAACUCCAUGUCACAGUUGAAGACACCCCAACGGUAUUCCACGUCCGCCUCGAGUGCACCCAAGGGUGAGAAGAGCUGGCAUCUGAAAGCUACUUAUGUGGAGAUCUACAACGAGCAGCUUCGCGACUUGCUAGUGCCCGAAGCCACGCCACAAAACGAGCGCAACACCGUUUCCAUCCGUGAAGACAAGGGCAACAUUAUCCUCACCGGUCUCUGCCAGGUCGAGAUUCAUUCGGUUGAAGACAUGAUGAAUGCACUGAAUUUUGGAUCGUCAAUUCGUCAGACCGAUGCAACUGCUAUAAACGCAAAAUCGUCACGUUCACAUGCCGUUUUUAGUCUCAAUCUCGUCCAACGGAGAAGCAAAUCUCGGUCACCUCUGGGCGCGGAGAAGCGAUUCUCGGUGCCGCUGGAAGCUAUGACGGGGGCUGAAACCAUUGUGACGACUGACAGCAAGCUGCACUUUGUCGAUCUGGCCGGCAGUGAACGUUUGAAGAAUACUGGAGCGCAGGGGGAGAGGGCCAGAGAAGGUAUUUCCAUCAAUGCCGGUCUGGCUGCUCUCGGCAAGGUCAUUUCGCAGCUGUCGUCACGGCAACAUGGCUCUCACGUCUCCUACCGCGACUCAAGGUUGACCCGUCUCCUCCAGGAUUCGCUCGGCGGCAAUGCUAUAACGUACAUGAUUGCCUGCGUGACGCCUGCCGAGUUCCAUUUGAGCGAGACGCUCAAUACAGUUCAGUAUGCCCAGAGGGCCCGCGCAAUUCAAAGCAAACCAAGGAUCCAGCAGGUGGAGGAAGGCGAUAAGCAGGCCAUCAUCGAACGACUGAAGGCCGAGGUUACUUUUCUGCGCGACCAGAUUCGUAGUGCUGAGCGUGGUGGUGGCGAACGACGCAAUCCGGCGGCGGGCGAGCGGUCCGAGCGACAGAAUGAGCGGGAAUCUGAGCUGCAGAACCAGCUACUGGACGCUCAGGAGAAUUACACCACACUAAGCCAGCGCCAUGCGAAGCUUAUUGCUGAGAUGGCUAGAGCCAGGGACAAUGAAGCUGAUGAGAACCAGAAUUCGGAGGAAAGCUUCGACGACUCGGCCACGGAACGGUUAAAUCGAUCUAACUCCUUCGCCCAGGCUGUCGAGCAGGUCGUGCUGGAGUACGAAAAGACGAUCCAAUCCCUCGAGCAAUCCCUCUCCAACACGCGGACUACGCUAUCCAACACGGAGACCAACCUACUCGAGAAGGAGACCAAAUGCGCCUACAUUGAGACGAUUAAUACGCAGCUUCAAGCCCGCUUACAGAAGUUGAUGGAUCGCGAAGCCAACACCGAGAACUAUCUCCAUGACUUGGAAGCCAAGCUCGAUGGGCAUACCUCGGGCGAAGAGAAGAAUGCGACCAUCAUCCUCGAACUACGCAAGGAAAUCGCACGCGUCCGCGAGAACGAAGCUGCGGCGGAAGAUUACGUCUCAACUUUAGAGGAGAGGCUUGCUGAAGCUGACCAAGAUACUGAGCUCAUGCAGCGCGAGAUAGAUCGCCUAGAACAAGUCAUAGAGCGGCAGCGUAGUCUAGGCAAACUCGACAAUCUUUUGUAUGAGCUUGACAAUAUUCACGAUGGAAAACAAGUAGAGCCCGGAUCGGAACCCACCAACGGAGUUGGACACCGCCGCACCUUCUCCGAGCGAUCGGUCAGAAGCCACGUCAGCCGGCCAUCGGCAAGCCAGACCCGUCGAGGCGCUCUCCCCGAGGUAGACGAGGAAGGCCCCGAAGACAAUAUCGCUGAAGCAACGCCGGACGAGCGCGCCCCUGACCAUGAAAAUGCCCCUCCGGAAAGUACCGGCGACACGCUCGAAUCCGAGGAGCAACAGACUGCUACAAGCGUCCCGCCCAGCCCAGCUCAAACCAGAUUUGUAGCCGACAAGCUGGACAACGUGUCGCGGGAAUUGAUUGAUCUUCGCGUUGAGCACGAAACGACGCUCACAGAAUAUGACAUAUUAAGCGCCAAGUACGAGGAGGCGCUCCGCACUCUGGCAGAUCUUCAAGAUGCCGUUGACGAGGCUAAGCAUCCGAAUCGGCAACGAGAUUCGGUCAUGUCCGUCAUGUCGCCCUACGAGACACGCCCGCCGUCUUUUUUAUCCGACGCGAGGUCCAGCGACCUCAAGUAUGGAACGCAGUUCUCCUCACAAUCGCUUUCCUCGGAAUUGUCUUCGGCUAUGGAGUCCCCAGCUACUGUCGAUACAACUUAUGUUGAAACACCAAAGCCAUCAGAAUCCAAGGAGACGCUCACAGAGGAGAACGCCAACACCGAGGCCUUAACCGCUGAGUUAGAGAAGCUGAAGUAUCUGGCUGCUGAGAAGGAAGUCGCGGAGAGGGAGCUGGCUGAAAAGUACGCUCAACUCGAAGAACAACACCUGGAGACCUUGGAUGUUGUCGAGGAACUUAAAACAGAAGUUAUGAAGGCCAAACACGCAGAACCCUCAUCUCCAAGGAGUGGUGCGACGCCAGUAAUCCGUCGCAAGUCUAGUCAAAACGUCAUGAUCAUCGACCGUGCCCAUCGCUCAUUUGCGGCGCUCCGGAAUGUUGCGACUGAGAAUUUUGAAGAGAACCCGGAUGUCAUGCAGAACUUCGAGGUCCACCUCAACAUUGCCAUGAACGAAUUGCAUGCAAGAUCGGAACGGAUCCAAGAGCUCGAGGCUGAUGUUAGCAAUGCCAAAAAGGAAAUGGAAACCAAGAUGACUAUUAUCGCAGGUUUGACCCGCGAGCGUUCGAGCUUGAAGGCCGGUCCCAUGGAUAUUUCCAUGGUGGCAACACUGAAAGAGCAGCUGGAGAAAAAUGAGAAAACCCUCCAGCAGUUGCAAGAGUCACACGCAGCCCGCGAGAAGGAGCUUUUGGCCGAGCUCGACUCUGUUCGCGCAUCGAUGAGGGAUUCAGCCGAAUCGAACACGGCUUCGAUGGAGGAGCAUACCAAGGAAGCAGCAGGCCACCGCGGCGAACUUGAGGCUGCUCAUGAGAAGCAAAUUUUGGAGCUGCAAUCUGAACUCGCCAACUGGGAAAGCAAACACCAGGCUGCUUUGGAGACCAUGCAGACAACCGAGAAGACGAUGAAGCAGACUAUUGAGGAGCUGGAGGCGCAGGUUGCUGCUGUCAAUGAGAAGUUCAACGAAACCCGCGACACUGUACAGAAUGACGAGGAUACCAAGGAGGCGGAAGAGAAACACGAAAGCCUCGUCGCUGCCCUUAAGACUGAGAUUGACGAAUACAAAGCCAUCAUCAACAGCAACGCCACCAGAGUUUCUGAGCUGGAGCGCGCCCACUCCAUCGCAAAGAAUCAACUUGACCAAGUCACCCAUGCUCGUGACCUCGCGGCUACGGAAGCCAGUAAACACAGGGAGUUUAUCAUCCGCUUGGAGAACCAACUACAGGAGCAUGAGAGCGCUCUCAAGGCCCAUCAAGAGAGCAUGGAUGACCUGCAAGCUCGUCAUAGCAAAGACAUUGAUGAAAUAAGAGCACACUCGAAGCAGGAAUACGAGUCACAACUCACUAUCCUGAUGGAGGAGCACGCCGAAAACAUCAAGCUGCUGGAAAGUGAUCUUGCCGAGGCUCGCGAGGAGUUGAUCAAGGUUGCUACCCAGGUUGCCUUCGCUCUUGGCCUCGACGUUAGUGUAGAGAAGAUCAGCGAGCGCGUCGAAGAUCUGAUUGCGGACCAGAAGGCUUUGGAGAAAGAGCAGAAGAAGAAGGUCGAGCUUGAAGGACACAUCAAUGAGCUCUCGUCUAUCAAUAACACCAUCAUGCGCGAUCUCGAGGCUGUAAAGUCGGCGCUGAACGAAAUGCUGAGCACUGAGGGAGAAAAGGUGAAGAGCCCGUAUCCAAGUGUGAAGGAGCAGCUUGCGGCCGUCAAGAAGAGAAUGGGCGACCUAGAGAUCAAGAACAAGAAGCACUCCCGCUUGGUCGAGGAACUUGAAGACCAGCUCCAGACCAAUUAUGACCAAGCUCAGCAAACCAACCACCGCUUGUCGACUUUGCAAACCGAACGAUACACUCAACUGGAGGAGGCGACUGCGGCCAGAAUCAAGGCUCAAGGCGAAUUGGAGGCCAUCAAAGAAGAAUAUGCUGCCCUCCAGGCUCGCAUCGAAGACCCCAACCAGGCUCCGCAACGGACCAACUCCUUGAGCUCCCAAGUUCGCAAGACGGCCUCCGUCUCUUCUUUGCCAUCCCCCCCUCCGGCCAUCCCGCUGCCCCCUCUGCCAGGUGUUGGUGGUUCAUCAUCGCCCACCCAGGCGGCUACCCCUGGAGGUCGGCCGCAGAGCAACGACCUCGCUUUGGCCCAGAUCAGGGAAGACCAAGAAGCUCGUAUCCGUACCAUUGAGAGGCACCUAAACGCCGAGAAGCAGCUGACUUCGACACUGGAAGAGGCGCUUACUGACCUCGAGAGACAGUCUAAUAAGGUGAAGGCUGAUUGCGAGGCCUGGCGUAAGCGAGCCGUCGAGCUUGAGAACGAGGUUAAGGAGCUCAAGGAGAAGCCGCAGCAAGACAACAGGUGGCGCGACAGCCUGCACCAGGUCGAGGAGGAGCGCAAAAAGCGUCAAGAUGCUGAGAGGGCUCGGGCCCACCUAGAGGAGCGCAUGAACGCCAUCAACAACAAGAAAAAGAAGAAGGGUAGCCUCAACUGCUUCUAG